GCCACCGCAGCCAAUAGAAUUUUGAGAAAAGGUUAAGGGACACGAGUUUUUCCACCAAUCAUAAAAAAAAGCUCGGCGGAGGUUUCCGAGGUGGCGUUCCGUCCCACGGAGGAGAUGGCCGAAGGAGAGCUGUAUGAAAAGGUUUCUAAGAAGGGAGGCCUGACUGCUGGAGACUGCCAGGGAGAGACAGAGCCCUUCAGCCUUGUGCAGAAACUGCGCACCAGGAUCACCAAAUCGGUGCAGUCCAAGGUGGACAGUAUAUUGCUUGAUGUGCAGAAGCUGAGCGACAAUGACAAGCUUUACCUGUAUCUCCAACUCCCACCCGGACCUAGCGCCCCGGAGAAAAGCAACGUGGACAUUAGCGGUGUGAACACGGCGGAGCACAUGUACGCUUGCACUUGGAUACGUAACCAUCUAGAGGAACAUACAGACACCUGCCUGCCCAAACAAGACGUGUAUGAUGCCUACAAGCGAUACUGCGAUAACCUCUGCGGGCGCCCACUCAGCGUGGCCAAUUUCGGCAAAAUCAUACGAGAAAUAUUUCCUAAUAUAAAGGCCAGGAGGCUGGGAGGAAGAGGACAGUCCAAAUAUUGCUACAGCGGCUUACGAAGGAAGAGCAUGGUGAGCAUGCCUCCGCUACCCAGCCUGGACCUGAAAAUGGCGGAGAGUUCCGAGCUGACCGACCUGGUUCAGUCUUACAACAAUGACGUGAUCAACGCCUCCUGCGCCUUGAUCUGCAACUGGGCAGAGAAGAUCCUGAAGCGUUCGUUUAACAACGUGGUCGAGGUAGCUCAGUUCCUAAUACAGCAGCACAUCAUUAACCCCCGCAGUGCCAACGCCGAGCUCGUCCUGUCUAUGGUCCUCUCAGAAAAUUCUCAGAGCGGCGCCCAGAAAAUACCCAAACCGACAGCGGACGCCACGAGCAGUGCAAGACCGGCCACCCCAGACGGCAGCUCCGACCCCUCAGCAAAGAUCAAAAAGGUCGCACACCCGCCUCCGGAAUGCCCCCAGCCCCUAAAGAAGCGCCCCUCGGACGCCCCCAAGACAGUCAGCAGCCCCCAGGUAGAUGCUUUGGUGGCCCGACUGCCCGUGCUGUUGCCCCGGCUUUCUUCAGAGGAUAAGUUUGUGAGUUCCAGCUCUCCCAUCCGCUUCGCCGCUCCAGUGCUGGCCUCAAAUAUACUCCCGGGGCCGCUGAAAGUCUCCCCCCUGCCUUUUGCGUCCGUUCCUCCCGGCGUGCCGCUCGCUGUGACUGCGGGGGUGAACGGGGCCGGGCUGGUCUCUCAGCCCGUAGCCCCUAAAGUCAUCAGCAUGAUUCUGCCCGAAGUAGUAAGCCUGGAAACUCCCCCCCUGCCCAAAACCACUCCGAAAGGGCCGUCCAGAGAAACACCUGGAGCACCGGGGGGCAACAGUGAAAACAGAGGGGCCAGGCGGCACGCGGCGUCCCCCUCCGCAGCUGGCGGGGACUGCCCAUCGAAGCGAAAGCGGGGUCGCCCCAGGAAGUUAGACGCACCCCACCUGGCCAAGUCUUCCACCCCAGGAGGCUCAGUCAUAGAGAGGAGAUGUGGGGAGGACUCCAGCCGCGGCUGCACCCCCCCGAAGACCACCGCAACACCCACCCCCUCGCAACCAAAAGAUGCUGCAGCGUCGCACGCCGAGGCAAAGGAAACCCUGCGGCGUGAAGCGGCAGCCGGCGGGACCCCACCGAGACCACCAGUCCCUCCUCAGCCGGCAGAGAAACAAGAAAAGCCAUCGCCGGCAGAGCCCAGGAACCCCCCAGCGGCGACGGCCCCCAUUCAGGUGAGCGUCAUCCAGGACGGGAGGCAGAGCGCCGUACACUGGACGGUGAGGAGAGGAAUGGUCGAGAGAAUGCAGAGAGCAACGGAGCAAACGGUGGGCUCUGCCACGGGAGAAGGGGAGCGCGACACAGUCCACACGUCCCCCCUUUAACGGCCACCCACGGGGCGCGGACCCUCAUUGGGAGCGAUGCAGCUGACAAAACACUGCACCUGUGAUCCAGAACGUUCCCGGCGGCCUGUUCCUGCCUGCCCAUGGGGGUCCCUGCCUUACGUCCGUGGGGGUCCGCUUCCUGACAGCACGCAAGCCACAGAGCCCCCGGCGUCACGCUUCACGAGAACACGUUGGGCCGAGUUAGAAACGUUUGUAUAAUGUUUGUAAAAUGUUACAUUUCGUUGUAUAAUAUACAGUUAUUGCAAAUA